AGCAGCUGAGAGUAACGCGCGAGUAGGUCACACUGUCGACCACAUCGAGAGUCUGUGCUUGUCGAAGGGCUCUGCUGCCGUUGCCACUGCUGCUACGUUUCUGCUUAUCUACGGAGUGUACAAACGAAGAGGAAAAACAAACGCGUACCAAGCAUACAAUUUUUUUUCUAUUACCGAAGAGUGUCAGCGAGUUUCACAUACGUAUAUGUAUAUAAACCCACAUGAAAAUUAUACAGGAUUAUACCAGAAUUCACACCAGUUCAUCAACUGAAAAACAUAAAGUAUUUUCGAGGAGCAUAUAAGAAAAAUUGUACGCAGAAACGAUGAGCAAAGUCAAGGAGAAAAUAUUUCGCUGGGGAUAACAUCGCGAGUAAAUAACGAAGACGCUUCAUCAAAUGAGGAAGGAAUUUGUUCUUUAUCGUGUUUCUCCUGUUUUUAUCAACAUUUUCAACUGGUGCUCGCAAUCCUGACUGUUACUGUUCUCAGUCUUCUCCUGCUACUUUUUGCUCUUCUAUUUUUUGUUCAUCACUAUCAUUAACAUUCUGGAAAUUUUGGGAAAAUUCAUCCACAAUGGUCAACGAGUGCACGAGGCGUAAUACUGUCGAUAAUUUAUUUAAAUAAUGUUCAUAUAGGAACUUUUCGAAAAUUCAAUAUGAAUCGGAAGUCAGAAAAUCGUGCAACGAAAAGUUAAGUGCCAAAUUUAUAGAAAAACUAAAAAAAAAAAUAACCAGGCAAGAAGUUCGAGGUAAAGAUAAAAAGUAAUUCAAAAACUAAUAGUGAAAGAGAAGAAGAGAGUGAGAAGACAACGAUGUAGAAGUGCUACGCAUAAUCGAUUUACGCGAGACCAUAAACAGAGAUAAGCGCUACAAACCAUUGUAAGAAUUAUCUUCAAAACUCGGAGAGGAAUCGUUCUAUUCAAGAUGAAUCAAAAAAAAAUCUUUAAAAUCAAAUCAACGAAAUUCGAUAGAACAAGAAAUUGACAUGAGAACUACUUCAUGUUAUGAGUUUUAAUCAAGUGUCUUAUCGUUAGUGCCCGCGUUAUUAAAAGUAGCAUCUAUGAAAAUAGUUCCAAGUCACAUUGCAAGAAAAGUAGCAACUUUUCUAUAACUAUUUACGGUAACAGAAGUAAUCAUAACAAUAAAAAGUAAGCAUGACAUAAUGUAAAGGCUUGCAAUUCGUCUUUGAUGAUUGUUCGUUGCGUGAUAUUUUAUAUCUCUUGUUGAAUUUUGCCGUUUUGAAAUUCGUACAUAAUAUUAAUAUUAAUAUUGGUGUGAUAAUAAAUUAUGAAAUAUUAUUAUUUGUUCGAUUAUACAAUUACACACAUGCAAGUUACCAUAAAGGCCUAAGUGUUAUCCAAGCGAUUCGCGCAGUAACUAUAUAUUUGCUCGAUAAUGAGUGAAAGUUUUCUUUAUUAAAACGAUGAGACAUGACGCUUAAGGAACGGGAAAAUAAAAGUAGUAAUUGAUUGAGGUUACGCUUGUCAUACGAGAUAAGAGUUGGUGGCUUCUUAUCAUUAAUACCUAUCCUAAAAAAAGGCUAUCAAUAUUUUUCAUAAUUUUUCCUUCGAUAAUUAUAUAUCGAAGCGAGCUGUUUCUCGAUGUGAAAAACCCUUAAUUCGUGAUUGAACACGUGUCUCUCACUCGAAAGAUGAAGAAAACUAUUUCCACUAAAGAAUAACAAAAAUGAUGACACCAAACAAAUGUUGCAAUUCCUUUAAAAGCAUCAUAAAAAAAUUAUACACUUCAAAAAAUUUGCAGUGAUAAAUAUAAUAAAAAUGAUGCACGUGAAUCUUGCAUAUAAAAGUGAUGAAUAAAUUCACGAAAUCAGAAUCUACAAGAGAAUUUUUUAUCGGCGAAAAUUAAUUGUUGAGAGUAUACCAGGGAUAUGGAAUAGUACUGAAAAGAGAAACAAAAUAUGGGAAUGAUGAUGAAUCUGGUAAAGUGAAAUAUCUUAAGUGAUGAAGACUUUGAGAGGGCUCAAAUAACUCAAUGAAGAGUUACGAGUUAUCUUGUGAAAUAUCAAAAAAAUUUGAGCAUUGUCAUUGACAUUUUUCUUCAAAAAGUGCUGAGUUAUAAAAAUUGAUAAAUACCUCCAUCAUGGAAUUCAUCAAUAUUCACUGACAUCAUAUGAAACAUGUCCCGACCGCCAAAAUUGGUCGUCAUGAUUAACGCCUCGAGAGAAACGUAAUAAUCGUUUGAAACAUUUGGAAGGCUUGUUCGCCCUAAUAAGAAAAAUAUAUGGAACGAUUGCAUGCUGAGAUAAUCCCGGUAUCGUAAUGUGAGUGUUAAAUUGUGUUAAAUCUUUAUUGGGUAACUAAAAUUCAGCGAAUAAUUCUAAUAACCAGUUCCCUGUUGUAGAACUAACAAUUUAGAAUAAUUUAAUCGGCGAAAUACGCAUACUAUACGUUGCCAAAUGAUAAACUGUUUUGUGUACGAGGAGGAUCAUCGAAACAGUCCCAUAAACAUCAAACCAGAAUGUUAUUUCUUGAGAGAAGUCGAAAUAUGGACAUGAAAUAAAUAAAUCAAUUUGUGUGAAUAGGUUUACUUUAUUUCUAUCAAUUGGUGGAGAGAAUUCAGUGAUACAUCAACGAUGGAAAUCGCAGCAUCCGCCAUGCUUGACGGGCUGAAAAACAAUCGAAUUGGAAAAUUGGCUCUCUCACGAUUUCUGUCUCAAAGCUUAGCGCAGUUAGAGACUACGGCAAGUCCGGGUAGCAAAUCACCAGCAGGGGGUAGCAGUGCUCCAAGUACUGCUGGCGGCGGUGGUGGUGCUUCUGCCAGUGCUGUUGCUGGUGGUGGUGCUGGGACUGGUGCUGGUGUUGGUAGUGGCGGCGGCAGUGGAGUCGGUGGUGUCGGCGAGCCGCGCACUCCGACUGCUGGAGCUCAAAAUAAGCAGUUGCAAAACGUUAAAGGCGAUCAUCCAUCGAAGGCUUUUCUACAAAGUAGAUCAAUCUCAUUGGUGGACAUGUACAUCGACAAUACGGAACCGAGCGAGAAUGUUGGUCAAAUUCAUUUCAGCCUCGAGUAUGACUAUCAAAACACAACUCUCAUCCUACGCAUAAUACAGGGUAAAGAUCUGCCGGCUAAGGAUCUUUCAGGGACUUCAGAUCCGUACGUAAGAGUGACUCUGUUGCCCGAUAAGAAGCAUCGUCUGGAAACGAAAAUUAAGAGGAGAACACUUAAUCCGAGAUGGAACGAGACACUCUAUUUUGAAGGAUUUCCCAUACAAAAAUUGCAGAGCAGAGUCCUACAUCUUCACGUAUUCGAUUACGACAGAUUUUCACGAGACGACUCCAUAGGUGAAAUGUUUUUACCCCUUUGUCAGGUCGAUCUUUCGGAAAAGCCCUCUUUCUGGAAAGCUUUGAAACCACCAGCGAAGGAUAAAUGUGGUGAACUUCUUUGCUCUUUGUGCUACCAUCCGAGCAACUCUGUUUUGACUCUCACUCUCCUGAAAGCAAGAAAUCUCAAAGCUAAAGACAUCAAUGGGAAAUCAGAUCCGUACGUCAAAGUUUGGCUCCAGUUCGGUGACAAGAGAAUUGAGAAACGUAAAACACCGAUAUUCAAAUGCACCCUCAAUCCAGUAUUCAACGAGGGUUUUUCAUUCAACGUGCCAUGGGAAAAGAUAAGAGAAUGUUCGCUCGACGUUAUGGUGAUGGACUUCGACAAUAUUGGACGAAACGAGCUCAUUGGUCGUAUACAGCUUGCAGGCAAAAAUGGAAGCGGUGCCAGCGAAACGAAACACUGGCAGGAUAUGAUAACGAAGCCAAGACAGACGAUUGUUCAAUGGCAUCGUCUCAAGCCCGAGUAAAGGAACCUAACAAAAAAUAAACAAGAAAAACGAGACAAGACAAAGAAUCCAAAUAAAGAAGCUUUCAAAGUACAAUAAGCAUUUGUACAUCCGAAGAUUCAUCAAUUUUGACCAAUCAAAGUAUGUUCGCUGGUUCAUGUUAGAGCGAAAUAACUCCUGAGGUCGGAAAUUCAAGAAUCGAUCAUUGACGAUGAUUCGUUACAGCGCCUUCGUUCGAAUCGGCAAAUAGCGAAACAUUGACUGUCUCUAAAAAAUACAAACAAAUAAUUAUUGAAUUUUUACAUUUCAAAACACUCAGCAAAAAAAAACAAGAUUUUAUUUUCGUUACAGGGCCAACCCAUACUAGUGGAAAUCUUAGUCGAUGGUUCGAAAAACCCGAAUUGCAAAAAGUGAUACAUUUAAGCCAGUUGUUCUGUAAAUAGUUGCAUAAUCGUGUUGUAUUGCCGGUCACUUGAAAUUGUCCGAGACAAAAAAAUUGAACGGCGGAAAAAGUAGUUAAACAUUUGAACAUAAUUGCGUAACAAUUAUGUCAUAAAUCGAAGAGUGAGGAAGGGAUGACAAAAAUGUAUCUAAGUUCAUGCUACUAUGUACAACGAUGUGUACAAAGAUGAUGUUAACGCAGGUCGUCGUGAAUAGAUGAAUUCUGCUUGCUUAACAUCGAGGUGGUGUACAAGUAUUUACAUAUGUAAUAUAUAUGCGUAUCAAAGUUACUCGGUUACAAUUACAUAUUUAAAAGAAGUUAAAGAAGAGGAGAAAGGAUUCGAUAACGUUCGAUGUAUAAUCCGCAUGUUUCCACAACUGCACCGUAACAUAUGAAUUACCGCAUAAAAAACAUGUGUAUAUUUAUAUUGCAUAACAUAUAUUGUUGACGCGCGGAAGUACCUCCCCCCGAGACGAGUUUGCGUUCCGCGCUCCCCAAAAAAGGUGUUCCUCGUCUCGAGUAUAAUUCUAAAUAACCUUCCAGCGUAUAUCUCUGGAAUAAAAAAAAAUUCAAAGAUUUUACAAAGAAAAACAACAGAAGAAAUUACGAAUGGAAGGUACAAUAACGAAUUUACAUGGAAUCAAAACGAUUCGUGGGAGAAACGCGUUUAAAAUUUCAAGGGAAAUGGAAAGCACAUAGAGAUCUUGGUUUCACUUUCGUUUCGCCAAAUUUUUGUUCCGAUUUACUGUUAGCUAUCCAUACAUGAUUAUCAUUAGGUCGUUUCUGUGUGAUGCAUUUGUGUGCGAAAAACAGUGUUUGGUACGCAUAUACGUCGGAAAUGAACACAUCUGUAAUGCAAUCGGAAGUAUACGGAAAUUGCUCAUCCUGUACAAUAAAUAAACAUAUUCGCAUCACUUUUAUAAUUCCGAACAAAUCGAUCCGUAGAAAGUCAUAUUGUGUUUUUUUGAAACGUGGAAAACAAUAUUUCUGGCAGAUACAUUAGGUUUUUUUUAGUGGUUAAAGUAAAUUGAAACUCAAAAUAAUUCAACAGGGUGUUAAAUGUAUCAAUCAUUGUGGCAUUCCACUUCUUCGAAAAUUUUCCAGAGUUUUGACGUUAACAGAGUUCGAUUGCCGUAUACCUCGGUAGUGUAACCAAAAACGCAUCGUACUACAUAAAAGUACAAAUAUCAAAUGCGGUGUGAAAUUUAGUGGAAUAUGAUUUUAUAAACUCUCUUUAUUUGCACUUCAAAUGUACUGUGCUCUUUUUAUCACCUCCGUUUUGAUCUUUUUUGAAUAAUAUCAAUCCACAGCGAAAGGGUUAUACUGUGAUUGAUUCUUUUAUGUUUUUCAAUCAGUUGACGUGGUUAUUACGAAAUAGAAUUGAUUCUUCUUAAGCAUUUAAAGCAGUUUACUGUUGAAUCAAGAUCGAGAUGGGUAUAUGUUACCCACGAAAAAAGUUUUCAGUUAGGUGAAUUUGUAAUGGAGUUAUGUAACCGGUUGGAAUGAAGAACGUUUUAUAUAUCGUUGAUUCCAUUAUACAUACACAUUUAUCAAUAUUCAUUCUCUUUUUUUUUUCAAUUUCCGUAUCUACAUUCUUAACCUGAAAAAUGGGGUAUCCGUUGAAAUACACAAUUCUCGAAAACAAAUAAUUCCGAUUAUUUUUCAUUUAUAAUAAUUAAGUUGAUAAUUUCAAAUAAAGGAUCGUUUAUUUGAAAUUCUUUUCCAUGAGAAGGAAAGAAAAAAUUCAAUUGGUAUACAUUUUCAUGAGAAAUCGUGAAACAAUUAUUUGCGAAAUGAACGAUAGUUAAGGUGGAUUUUCCUUGUGCAAUUCAAGGAAAAAAAUAUAAUAAACUCGGGUUUAUUUUGAAAACUGGCAUAAUUUUUUAUGUGCGCUUCGGUAAAAAAGUACAAACAUUUGUAUUGAAAAAUUAUCAAAAAUAACUGUGAUUAUAUUUAUGUUACUGAUCAAGCUAUUUCUAAAAACGAACGAAAAUAAUGUUUUUGUAUGGAUGAGGAUAAUGUUCAAUAUUGCAUGACUUUAUGAUAUCAUUUUUUCAUUCCUAACCUUAAUCAUAGUAAAGCGGUAUAGAACGUAAAAUAAAUUCUUGAACGCAUGGAAAUACAUUGCACACCAACCUUUAUAUUAGUUCAGAGCAAUCGAGAGAUAAGCAACAGAGAGAAGAGUCUCAUGCAUAGAACGAUAUACGAAAAAAUAUUUUUGACAGACCUUUUGUAAAAAAAAAAGAAAGAAACCGAGUAAUUUCCCGAGCUUCAAAAUAAUGAAUUGCAUACCCAUGAUUGAAGGACAAAACAUGAAAAUAGAAUGAAACAGGGAACGGUUAAUAUAUGAUACUUGAUAGGCCGCUAUUGAUAACAAUAACUGAGAGCCGCCGCACAAAUUCAUGUCGAGAAUUCAUUUGAUACAAUUACGAGAGGAAAACAAUUAAAAUACUCUCACAAAUCUAUACACAGAGACGCACAAAGAACACAAGAGUUUUACUCCCGGUUACAACAUAAGAAAGAAUAAGGAACGCGUACUAUCCAUUAUUUCUAAUGAAGUGUAUACGUUAAUGAAACUUAUUUUUGAAUCGAAGUGAACUAAAGAUGAAGUUAUGGUCGGAAUCAAUGGAUGGUACAGAGAUUGCUCAUGACGAGUGCGUGAAAAUUUCCGAAACGAUGAACGAAUGUCACUCUCGUUGAAAUGAUUUGCCAAACGAAUAAUAAAUACAAGUGCUAUUUGUGUU